AAAAGAAAAAAAAAUCCCCUGCAGCCCAAUUAACACCUUAUCUUCAUCCAUUGCCCAACCCCUGCUACCUACGGUAUAUCUACCUAUCUAUCCGUCAAUCACCCAACCAUCCAUACUACACUAUCUGCUCCCUCGUCAACAUCGACAACACCGGACCUGACCCAAGACCAUCGCCUACGACCUAGUGCCAUCCAUCGACAUCGAUUUCCAUCAUCGACAUCCGUUGUCCAUCGCCCAUUUUCAUUUCCUCAUCAACUACCACCCCCUCAAAUCAUCGCAAAGCCGACAAGGUGGCAUCUCUCAGCAAUGGCGCCAAUGAAACAGGAUAAUCUUUUUAGUAGUAGUAGUAAUUACUACGGCGAGGACGUCGUCGCUUCGCCUCCCCACCACAUGGAGGCCGUCGACAUCCUCGCCAGCUGCUACCUUGGGCCGAGUGGUAUUCCUGAGGUCCCUUCGACGGGACUUCCAUCGCCGCCAUCAAGCCCCCCCCUCGCGGCCCUCGACACGUCAACCAACCAGCUGGCGGUGACUGCCAAGGCGAAGUCAUCUGCUGGAAACAACAACAGACGUGCCGGGAGCAGUAAUCACAACAACAGCAGGGGACGUCGAGGGGGGGCAACACUACGCAUCAGGGAAGAAUGUGAGAGGUUCUUUUGCGAGACAUUGCGCGCCGUGCUUCUAGGUGAGAAGAACUCGGCGGUGCAGGGCUCGGGCCUGGCUAGUGUUUAUCACGACAACGACAAUUGCAACAACCAUCCCAACCAUGGUACCACAACAACCAACGGCAACAACAACAACACUCCUUUGACCCCGCCAUACGACGAUUAUCCAAUCGGGGAUGAACACCUGAUGAGUCGUCAUGGUUUCGAUGCUUGCGGUGUCGCCGGAAACGGAUCGCACCGCGUCGACUCCUGGAUCGAACUAUGGGAUUACGUGGGCGGCACCAGCUUCCGCGGGGUUGUCGCUGAGGAAAUGGAAACCGGGGAGAAGACGUUGAUGAUCUUUUUUGACGAGCAGAGCGUGGAGGGAAGGGAUUUGAAGAAGGCUCUUGUAGCCCUCAUCGAACUGGCCGACGGCCCCCUCGCCUGCUCCCACAUGGUCAUCUGCCUCGACCGCUCCAUCCCCGACCAUGAAGCAGUGCCCUUGAUGAAGGGGCUGCAAUGGGCUGGGUUUUCCAUGACGACUUUCGACUUUUGGUCUGGUGGAAAGACUUGUGACGUAGUGAGUGGGAGGUGGCUGUUUAUGGGCAUGGAGAUGUAAUCCACAUGGGACACGACUGAAUGGAAGUGUUAUGUGGAUGCAUUGAGUAGGAAGGGCAAGAGACGGGAUGAGGAGCAUGGAGAAUUGUGGAGGAGGGGAGGAAUGACUGGCUGUGAAAAGCGGGAUUUCUUUGCAUCAUCUCCAAAAGUCUUUUUCUUUGUUUCUGUUUCUUCCAUCAGUUGUACGUUUUCGUUACUUUUUUUCACUUCUUCGUUGACGGGCUUCAGAGCAUAUGUCAGGUGCUGGAUGGCAUCAAGUUUGGGGAAAUGACUCAUCUUCUGAAAUGUAUUGAUGGACGGUUUGUUGAACCGGAAGAUUUCGAUUCACUGAGUGGCUGAUUGAUAGGAAUACCUCUACACAUUGUAUCAUGCCACGCCACGCUCCUUGACUGUGACAUCGUACCUCAUUUCUAUAUGCUAUGCAAAAUUGUCUAUAU